AUGAAUUUUAAUAAUGAUCUCGAUCACUGUUACUUGAAUUAUAUGCAACAGGAUACAAGCAUACAAUUGGGACCGUGGGGAGGAAAUGUUGGGAAUUAUUGGGAUGAUGGAGUACACGGUGGAGUUAGAGAAAUCACUCUUGUAUACGGUACCUGCAUCGACUCAAUCCGUGUAACAUAUGAUAACGAUGAUGAAUCUUUUCGAGCAGUGAAACAUGGUGGCAUGGGCGGAAUCAAAAGUGCCCAGAUUAAGCUAAAAUUUCCGGAGGAAAUCUUGAUGGGUGUCAGCGGGCAUUUUUGUCCUAUGGUCUAUGGAGGUUUCCCUGUGAUUCAAUCACUUAGUUUCAAGAGUAAUGGAAGAACAUUUGGGCCAUUUGGCAUGGAAAAAGGAACACCGUUUAAGUUCUUCACAAAUGGAGGCCACAUUGUAAGUUUUUAUGGAAGAAGUGGGUGGGUUCUGGAUUCAAUUGGGUUCCGCUUAUCAACCCAUAAACCAAGUCUACUCCGAAGGAUCCAAAUGAGGAUUAAAGGAUUUAACCAUCAUUCUACCGAAGAUGAUGAACAUCAGAAAGCCAAGGGCUCAAAGGGUUAUACUUGGGGCUUUUGAGUAUCUAUACAUUGUUGUGUGUGCAAUUUGUUGAGUCAUUUUGUUAUUUCAUGUCCCGUGCAAGUUCUUUUAUGUUAUAGGGCGUUCGAAUGAGUUGUAGUAUAUGCCAAGUAAAAGAAUCUCUUGCCAAUUCUUUUCUUUUAUGCAAUAAUGUAAAGGCGAAAGCUAACCAAGAAAUAGUCAAGUUUUAUAAAAU